GAAAAAGAUAACACCAACAAGCACAAACAACACACAAUGCCAAGAGACAGGGAACUGACAGACCCCCAGAAGACAGCUGAAUAUUUGCGCACAGCAGCAAAUCAAUUCAACUUAUUUCCUAAUAUCCCUGUCCACCAACAAGAGAAUUUACCUUCUGAACUGCUACAGAGAAUGUUAAACAACGGUCAACUCUUUGCGACUGACUUACAAACUAUUGCUCAACGUCUUGGAAGUCCACCUCUACUCACAGGAGCUCCUCCUCCGGCAAUCGAAUACCAAGUUGAAACUAGCAAUCAAGAGCAUAAUCCUAUCAUGGAACAACUGUGCAACUUCAGGAUUCUUGCUCAGCAGUUUUGUGUGGUAGCAGACCAAAUCGAGUUAGUUCCUGCACCUUACACGGUCCGGAUAGAUGGUCGGCCCAGGGUCAUGGAUUUGAGGAUGAGAAUAAUGAACUAUCUCAAGAUCCUGCAAGCUGAUCUGCAGCUUCUUACCCAGUGCCUUUCUGGUGACCCUCAACUAUUGCAGAUUAGUCCUGAGAUCGUCCAUGGUCAAGAUCAAAACUCCAAUACCCAAUAUAACCAAUUCUCUCCACAUUCGCCGGACAUCCCACCAAUGAAAACCCAGCUCAAGGAACAGGUCUUAACUCUGAGCCACAAUAAGGACAAUGGUGGGGAAUUGACUGAAAAUCUGCGCCUACCCAAAUGGAGUAUCUAGGGAUUCCGAUUAUUGUUCGAUGAGAAAUGGCUUUUUAUGGAUCCGAAUUGUUUUUGCGCCAUCUGGGAAUCUGCACGUACUAUAAUUUAGAAGUUGCUUUAUUCGAGCCAGCACGGCAGGUAGAUAAAUAAAAAUAAAAAUAAAAGCAGUUUCUACC